UGUGGGGGGCGCGCGACAUUAUCGAUGCCAGUAUGGAUCUCCAUCAGCCACACUUGAUCAGCGAUUGCCUCAUUCACGUGUUCACUUUCCUGGCCGAGGAGGACUUGAUGCGCGCCUCCGCCGUGUGUAAGGAUUGGAAUGGAGCCGCAGAGAGUCCCUGGCUAUGGAGGAGGAUGAGUCUGCAGCGCUGGAGCUUCUGUAACCUCGCGGUCCUGGGGAGUGAACGGGUGAAUCCCUCGUGGAAGAGAUACUUCCUUCGACGGUGCCACUUGGAGACGAAGAUGACGGAAGGCAAGUCGGGAGGUUACACCUGCAAAAGCCUCAGAGGACACACGGGCAGGGUGGUGGGUGUUGCGUACCUGAAGGGAAAUUCAGCUCAGCGUCCUGACGUCUGGACCAGCGGCUCCACGGUGUGCAGCGCCUCCACCGACGGCACGGUCCGAGCGUGGGACAUCCAGCAUGGUGAAGUCCUGUGGUGCAGUCCCGUGCAGAGCCCCCUGACGGCGAUGGUGAUCGAUGAGCAGCGUGAAGUCGUGAUCACGGCGGACUCCGCGGGCCUCGUCAAGACCUGGCGGGCUCAGAGCGGCCAGGAGGUGGCCUCCUUCGCUACCGCGUCGCCGCACUGUACACUCCUACAGUACAACGUCCACGACGACUGGUUUCUGACCGUCGGAACCAGUCGGGGAGCCGUGUGCACACUGGCCGACCCGGCCUUGACUCAAAAGUCCAGCGUGGUGGUGUGCGACAACUUCAAAGUCAACGCCUUGCUCGUUUCACCGGACAAGAGGUGGAUCGCCGGCGGAACCAAGGACGCCAACGAUUUGAGUCCAAAGGUGAUCUACACCGAGAGCUUAACCUCGCCGUUGGAGGACGAAGACCCCCUGUGCCGGUCUGUGCCGGUCACCGGCUGCCAGGCGGCCGUCUUCAUCCCCUCUCAGCCCGCCAGGCUGGCCGUGGUCCACGGCGGCGAGCGGACGAACAGCAGCGUCCUCACCGUGUUCGACGUCAGCCUGGAGAAGACCAAGUACAAGUCCUCGAUCCAGGUCCAGCAGGUGGCGUCCUUCCCCUUGCCGCUGAACCGACGGGCCUCGCACGUGCUCCUGCGGGCCAAAGACAGCGCCUGCUUGGUGCUGGCAGCGGGUGCGGAGCUGUGGGUCUACUCCGUGACCGGAGCCCUGCUGGCCAGCUUCAAGGAGCACGCCAUGCCCAUCUCCUCCGUGUGUGUGGACGGCUUCCGCGUGGUCACGGCCUCUCGGGACCUCUCCUUGCGAGUGCUGACGUGGAGGAACGACGGAGGCCGCGGCGGGUCGACCCUGGAGAGCCGGUACCACCUGCUGGGAGGCUCCCACACGGCGUCCAGAGGGUUCACGCACGUGGCCUGCGACUACUCCAGCAUCGUGGCCUCGGCCGAGGGGAGCGACGGGAAGGACGUCCUGAAGGCGUAUUCGUUCACCUCCUGACCCCGCGACCCACCGGGAGGAGGAACGUGUGCGUUUUAUUAUUGUGAACUGUCCGUCGUGUGUGCAGGCAUUCGGGUGUUCUGUGGUUUAUCUACUUUUAGAGAUGUCUUGGGAAAGGCAUUGAUACACUGAAUAAAGUUUAAAGGUAUAAGGGG